CGCCCACCGCCGAACCAAGGAGGAUUCCAUCCGCAGGGCGGAUAUAAUCCACAGGGUGGCUUUCAUCCACAGGGAGGUUUUCAUCCCAAUCAAGGAGGUUUCCGUGGGGGUACAGGAAUUGGUUCUCAAGCUAGCAGUGGCACAUUCAAGAAGGCACUCAUCGGAGGAGCACUUGGUGCAGUUGGAGGUUUGGUGGCUUUCGAAGCCGGAAAGGCGAUCAUCCAGUCGGCGACGAGGCCGUUCAACUAUGGUGGACAUGACUACUACUGGGAUAACCACUAUCAGCCGAAGGGCAACGAAAUCCUCUGCUCGAUGCCGCUCAGCCAGCUACAGCAGGUCGAACCGGCAACUGCCGUUGAGACGGCCACCGCCACGGCACCGCAGUCAGAUCAAGUUCUCAACAGCUUGCAAUUUGCCGACGGAACUCGUCCAAAGCAGAUCACAUGGGCAUGUCGUAGAGGUGUGGAGGUCUGCUGUGGCACCGAUUGUUGUCCUGCACCGAGCAACUCAGCGAGUGGCGGAGGAUCUGGAGUGGGCGGAAUUGCACGGAACAUGGCAGGGUUCGCCAUCGGGUUAGAGAUGUGCUUCAUAUAUUUCUCUUUCAUUCUGCGUGGGCUAUAUUGA